AUACUAAUGUAUUUUUCCAUCUUUUUAAGGAUACCAAAGGUCGGGUGAUGAUAAAGUUAGAUUCUCCAGAGUUGGACUCAUUUCGGUAAUUACAACAACCAUCCUCACGUCUGCCCAACGCAGGGAGGGAGGGACUUGCUUAUACUCUUCCCCCUUUUCAAUUCAAAGUUGGAGGCUUUUCACCACACGGAAUAUGUCGUAUACCGGAAUACCUGGCGGCGGUGGGCAAGGACACGGCGGCGGCACACCGCAGAAUUAUUUCUGCUACCAUUGUGAGAGAACGGUCACCAUCACCCCCCUGCCCAACUCCGAACUCGUUUGCCCUAAUUGCAACGACACCUUUCUCGAGGAAGUCGAAACUGCCCCUCCUACUAACCCUAGCGACAACAAUCAAUUCUUCCCCGGUACCGAUGAUUUUCCUUUUGUCUUUGGAGGAGGAGGGGGAGGAGGCCCCCCCGAAGGCCUCAUGUUCUCCGCAGCCCCUUCUGGUGGUGCGAUUGCGCUUGAUGAUCUCUCUGCUUUGUUCGGUGGAAUGGCUGCAGGUCGAUCCCCAAAUCAAUUCCAUCCCCUCGUUUUCCUCCAGAACUAUUUGCAAACCAUGAGGGCAAGCGGUGCCAAUAUUCAAUUGGUUUUUGAAAAUAGUAGUGGCGGUGGCGUUGGAGGGAUUCCUGGGAACCUCGGAGAUUACUUUGUCGGCCCUGGGCUCGAGCAGUUGAUUCAACAGCUUAUGGAGAAUGAUCCCAACCGUUAUGGUACGCCCCCGGCCUCCAAAUCUGCUCUGGAGGGGCUUCCGGACAUCAAGAUCUCCCAGGAGAUGCUAGCUUCCGAUUCUUCUCAAUGUGCUGUUUGCAAAGAUAGUUUUGAACUUGAUGAGGAUGCUAAGCAAAUGCCUUGCAAGCAUAUAUACCAUAAGGAUUGCAUUUUGCCCUGGCUUGAGUUGCAUAACUCAUGCCCAGUAUGUCGAUAUGAGUUGCCCACGGAUGACCCUGAUUAUGAGAAUAGGAGAUCCUCUCAGCAACAGCAAACUACUAACAACAGCAACAGUGUUGGUGUGGGUAUCGGGGGCUUGGGAGGUGAAGGCAAUCAGGACAAUUCUCAGACACCGAGGACAGUGGAAAGGAGGUUUAGGGUUUCAUUGCCAUGGCUGUUUGGAGGCUUUGGAUCCCCUGCUGAGACCAGCAACAGUAGAGGCCCUGGCAAUAAUAGUGGAGGCAUGGACAAUAACAAUGGAGGAAAUGGUAACAACAGUCAACAGUGAUUGAUGGGUGAGAGUAAGGGGGGAGAGAUAGAGCAGAAUGCUCAGUCAUGUAUGAAUUUAGAAGGAAAAAACGAGAAAUACCAUACUGCUUGGUGACUACAAUGUUUAUUUUAUGCUACUUGUACACAUUCUUCAUAUGUUUAUACUUAUGUCAUUUUCCGUGCACCACUUGGUAUCGCUUGAAGUGCCAAAGAUUCCUCCUUUUUUUACGUGCUGCAUUUUAUUUUUUUCAGUGAUGUGGUUGUGUUUAGCUGUAAUCUUCUCGUACAGUUUUUUUUGUUCCCAUUUAUGGCUACUUUUUCCAGCAAAUCUGGUUGCUUAUCCAAAACUUUUAAAAGAGCACAGUAGUGGCUAUUGACAGGUCUUCUGGAUGCAUCGACGGGUGAAAUGGAAUGUGGCUGGAGCGAUUGCGUCACCAAAACAAAAUUGUUUGAAUCCAGACUCAUAGCAGAAUGUUUGGUAAAUGGUUGUUGUAGCAUUUGUGCCAUCCGUACCUGUUUUGCUGCAAUUCUAGUCUUUGCCAACUGGCCAUGCUAUCUUUCUGCUUGGCCUGUGUUCUAAAAAUGGGUCACCAAAGAGGCAAAGAUGCUUUCUCACCCCAUAACUUUAUUACUGCUUCUACUAUAAUUAUUAGAACCCUAUUAUGUAGUACUACAUAUAUGUUUUAAAUAUACCAUUGUGUUAGAAGUUCUACGGAUUUCUACCACUGUUGCUUGCCUUUUUCUGUUGGAAAAUGCUUUCUGUAACUGGAGUAUUACCACUUCCACAUUUUCACCUGCUAAUUCUCACUGCCAAAUGCCAAU